AUGAAGCGGACAACUGAGGCUAAGAAGCGCCUUGAAGAGGCUUCAGAGACCCUUAGGACGCUGUCGACCCCGGGCGAGGGGUGCCCUGGACGCGAUUCUGCCUAUUUUGAGGCCAAGUGGAUGGCUCAACGAACGCGACAGCUAGAUGCAAUGACUGAGAGACAGCAAGCAAAAAGAGACAAGAUAGCUCUGUUACUCGGUCUGGAGGAAGGCCUUCAUGUUACUCUCGCUCGACUCGCCUUCAUGGAAGAUACUGAUAGAAGAGCAAGAACCCAAGCUGAACGAAAUGAGCUGCUGGCCCUUCCUAGGACUGUGGCUGAUAUUGAAGAUUGGAUUGAUGCUGUGGCGAUUCAGCUUGGGGGUGCUGAGUUUCAAAACAUUUUGGGUGCCCAAAAGAAUCAAAAAACCGCACUUGUAGCGCUGUCUGUUGCGCGGGGGUGCUUGUAUGAAGCGAAAGUCGGAGUAAUCGAAUCAAGGCUACGGCGUCAUCGCAGCUCAGGUGACCAACGAUUGUACGUAUUUAUCCAGACCCGACCUGACGCAUAUGCCAUCUCUGCCACCAGGAACGAGAGUACAGCAGCAGCACGCACGCCAGUGUAG